CCUCCCUCUCCCUCUUAUAGAGCGCAUAUGAGUGACACAAGAGCUCAUUUCUUCCAGCAGCCUGUUGGGUGAAAAUGCGUCGUGUAGCCGGUUAUAAAAGUUGCGGGUUUGUGAUCAGCAGUGCGGGAUGUGAGGAGUUCUGGACGGGAUUAAAGCAGAGCAGCUGAGUGAAGAGGAGAAGAAAACUGAAGGGUCGCUUUGUUCGUAAAUAACGAAACCGUUACAUACCGGGCUGUGGUGUGUGUGUGUGCGUGUGCGCGCGUGCGUGCGUGCGUGCGUGUGUGUGCGUGUGUGUGGACAUGGAUAACACAGAGAAAGGAAAUAAAUCCGACGAAGAGCCUGAAUAUCCAGAGGAUGAAGAAGUUGAUCCGAGAAUUCAGGGAGAGCUAGAGAAACUGAAUCAAUCGACAGACAACAUUAACCGAUGGGAGACGGAGUUGGAGGACUCCAGGCAGAAGUUUCGCGCCGUCCUGGUGGAGGCCACUGUUAAGCUAGAUGAGCAAGUCAAGAAGAUCGGCAAAGCCGUGGAGGAGUCCAAACCGUAUUGGGAGGCGAGGAGAGUGGCUCGACAGGCUCAGGUGGAAGCUCAGAAGGCCACACAGGAGUUCCAGCGUGCCAUAGAGAUCCUUCGAGCAGCAAAAGAAACCAUCGCUUUGGCAGAGGAGAGACUUCUGGAGGAGGAAAGCCGGCAGUUUGACUCGGCCUGGCAGGAGAUGCUCAACCACGCCACACAGAGGGUGAUGGAGGCGGAGCAGAGCAGGACACGCAGCGAACAGGAGCACAGAGAGACGGCGGCCAAAUACAACGCAGCCAUCAGCCACAUGAGACAACUGGAGAAGAAACUCAAACGUACCAUCAGCAAGUCACGGCCAUAUUUUGAAUUGAAGUCCAAAUAUUAUCUACAGCUUGAGCAACUGAAGAGAAAAGUGGACGAGUGCCAGGCUAAACUGUCCCAGGCCAAAGUGGAAUACAGGACGGCUCUGCGUAACCUGGAGACCAUCUCAGACGAGAUCCACGCUCGCAGACGUCUCGCAGCCAUGGGGCCCCGCGUCUGCGGAGUUGGUGCUGAGAAAGACUUAAGCGCCGUUGAUGACAUCAGCAACUUCAAAAUGGAGUCUGACGGCAUUUCCAUGAUAUCUGAGACCUCUGAGGAGGAAAACUGCAAUGGUUCUGCUUCAGAUGAAGAUGCAGAAACCCAGUCCAGGUGCAGCUUGAGCUCCAACUCGGCCCCUCUGGAUGUUCCCCGUCCAUAUGUCCCCGUCUGCUCCUCUCCGUACCCUCUGCUCUCGUCUUCCUGUCCUUUUUCCACCUCUCUUCCCUCAUUCUCUCCGUGCUCUCAAGGCAUGGAGCUGCCCAGCCCAGGCUCCCUGGAGGGUUUUGACCGUGUCUUGCCUGUUCUGGGACCUCGCAGUGAGUGCAGCGGUGCUUCAUCACCUGAGUGCGAGCAGGAAAGAGGGGAAAGAGCAGAAGGUGCUGAGAGAAAACCAGAAAACACUACACAGCCCAUCGGUCUGAAGAGCACUACAUUGGAGGAGGGUACGAGACGUCUGUCUCUGCAGCACACAGACAAGACAGAGACAUUUAGUGCCGCUGCCCCUCUGCUGCUGCUUAACUCGGUUUAAACUAAACGAUGGACCUGAUCGGAUUUGUCCGAGCUCUUGAGUAUUUGUGCGAAAGCAUCAUGCGUCAAAGGAAACCUUUGUGUUCAGCGCUACACUCUUCUUAUUGACUGACAGAGACUGCACAGGAAGUCAGUUCUCACUGAGGAAGAGAAGGGGAACGAACGGUUUAAAGAACAAAACCCAAGACAGAUCAAAUAAUGGCUAUGCAGAUAUUUGACUUGAUGUAUUGUGGUGUUUAUUUCGGUCAUAGAACAAAUGUUCACGUCUUCCUGAUCUGUGUCACAUUGCCAGACUGGUUGUGUUACUCCUGUGUGUUGAGCCUUGCAGUGUUAAUGUGUAUAAUGUGUAUAAUAUGUAGAUUGUGUGUUGGCUGUGUUGAACAGUAGGCCUACGUACUUUUAACUACAGUUAUACUCUCUGUGUAUUUAAUCCUACAUGUUAGUACAGAACUAAUGACUAACGUAGCAAAUAAAUUUAUAUUUAUAUUCAGUCUUGUUACCAUUGACCAAUGUGUUGUUGUGGCACAUUAAUGUAUAACUGUGUAAUAAAAAUAAGCUCACGGCACACGCCAUGCUAA